AUGACAUGUGAACAAGAUGCUUGUUUCAACAGUGAUGGUGGUUACGUUAUGAGUGGAGAAGGACGACGACCAAGAAAAGAAGAGGGGCUUGAUUGGAUUAGAACUCUGCAUCUAUCUGUUCGAGUUCUUAAAAUGGAAGAAAACAAGAAAAGCUUGAUGGAAACCCUACUUCGAGGCAGAAAUUCAGCAAAAACGCUACAAAGUUUACUUCUUGAGAAUGUCAAGGAUGAAGGGUCGGUUUCUGUUGAUGAUCUUGUAAUGGAACUGUUGGGAUCCUUCUACACCUGCCUUUCCAUGGUGAACACUUGCAAUUCCAACAAGAUCUCUCGGGUUUCGACAUGUUCUCGUAUGGGUAAUUUGGCUCGUAUCGCCAACUGGCCACUGAAAGUUUACAAUGGCAGCAAACCGGCACCCGUUGUCAAGAAAGGAAGAGGCUGUUACAAGAGAAGAUCCAUGGCUUCCGGAACUACAGUUAGUGAUACGAUUGAAGAUGGUUAUGGAUGGAGGAAAUAUGGACAAAAGUCUGUCCUCAACUUCAAAUUCCCAAGGUGCUAUUACAGAUGCACACACAAGUUUGAUCAUGGCUGCAAAGCAUCGAAACAAGUUCAGAAACUAGAAGAUGAAGAAUCAAACGUGUUCCAUAUCACAUAUUUUGGUCAUCACACAUGUCCCACUACACCUCCACAAACUUUUUCACACCAUGGACCUGUCAUUAACUUUAAAGAUUUCAAAAACCAUCAGUAUUCGUCAAUUAGCAUCCCCGCGACCGCCAUAAAUAUCCACUUUGAUCCCUCGUUUGAACAAAAAGAUGACAUCAAUAUGUUUGACAACGUUACGUCAACCAACCUGUUUGCAGCUUUUGGAUCAAAAGACACAUCUGGUUAUGAUAUGAAUGCAUGCCACGAGUUUGCAUCUUUCAUGGGUUUUAACCAUGGGGGCUCUUAUGCAUCCAAGAGCUCUUGGGACAAUCUUUUUGAGAACAAUGAUUUUUUGAACGAUAUACCACUUGAUGACACCAUGUUUUCGGAGUUGAUUUGA